CUAGGAAGCUGCUGCUCCCCGCACGCUCGCUCACUGAGAUCCGAGGGAAAACCGCAAGAUCCGGAGGAAAAUCCACGCGACCACGGAGAGAGAGGGACACGCAAACUCCAAAUAUACAGCCAUAAUACAGGAAUGUGAAGACAAAGCUGCAGAGGAAUGAAGUAUAAGGAUCUGACGCUUCCUCCGCAGAAUAGAUCUGAUGGAGCAAAGGCACUCGGCGCAGCUCGGUACAAAAAGGCAACAACGCGACCAGUGUGCAUACAGCACGGAUCGUCCUGAACAUUUGACACAGCACCAGAUAACUCACACAGGAGAUAAACCCUUCAAGUGCACUGUGUGUGACAAGGCAUUUCCAUGGUCAUCAGAUCUUCAUAGACACCAGAGAACACACACUGGAGAGAAACCCUUCAGGUGCACUUUGUGCGGGAAGGCGUUUGCUGAGUCAACACAUCUUAAACUACACCAGAGAACACACACGGGAGAGAAACCUUUCAAGUGCACUGUCUGUGAGAAGGCAUUUGCAUGGUUAUCAUGUCUUUAUUGCCACAAGAGAACACACACAGGAGAGAAACUCUUCAUGUGCACUCUGUGCGGGAAGGCGUUUUCUGAGUCAUCACAUCUUAAACUACACCAGAGAACACACACGGGAGAGAAACCCUUCAGGUGCACUGUGUGCGGGAAGGCGUUUGCAGGUUUAUCAAAUCUUAAAACACACCAGAGGAGAUACAAUCAUCAGAACAUCCCCAAGGAGUGGAGUCUGAAAUUGGCUUGUGAAAGUCAAAGUGCUGCAAAGAGCCCAUCCCUCAUGAAACCAGAAGUGAAUCCCAGCUUGGACACUUUUAAAGGUAUCAAGGUGAAAUGUGAAGAGGCGAAUGUGAAAUGUGAAGAAGUGAUGAAGAGCGAAGAAGUGAAGGUGAAAUGUGAAGAAGUGAUGGUGAAGAGCGAAAAAGUGACAGUAAACUGUGAAGAUGAAGAUUCAACUCCAAAAUCGUACCUUCACAUCGAUGAAGGCAACGUGAAGCAGGAGAAUUCUGACUGCGAGGCAGAGCUAGGCAACUCCCAGCAGUUUGUGGAAGUGGAGGUGUGGGUGGACUUCUUAGACAAUACAAAGUCAAAUGGAGACCCGGUAGAUGGGUUGGCUUGAGACAAUGAAGCUCCAAUAGAUGCACCUUUGUCACAGGCCUUUAAUGAAAAGAACGUGAAAUUGAACACUGAAUUCCUGGGUUCAACCUGCAGAGUAAGAGCGGCGAGUAUUUGUUGACCUGUGGGUUGGGUAGAUGAAGAAUCAGGAGCAAGAGCCAAUAAGCUUCUAAGUAUUCCACUGUUAUAUUUAUAUUUGCAUUGAUAUGGUGUUUAAUUGCCUCAGCAACUCAGUUUCAUAUCUCAUCACAAACACUCGAAGAGCACCUUCAAGUGGCAGCUGCCUCUGUCAUAAGGUGACUCUGCUGUCACCUGCAUGUGGGCAUGAGUCUGUCAGUAGGGGGUGAUGAUUGAUGUGUAAUCUUCAUUAUGUAAUUUUUGGAUAAUGUUUGAAAUUGCCCAAAUAUUGACCAUGACACCAACAUGCAAUGACCUAUGCGUUUUGAAUGACACAAUCGUAUGUUUUACAUCCACUGUUAAGCAGACGGUGCAUAUUUUGUUAAAUGUUCCUUGAGUAGCCAGACGUGCCUGUCAGAUUUGAACCUUGAACCUCUGCAAUAAAUAGAGAAUGUG